UUACUCCAUCUCCAUUCUCUCUCUCUCUCGCUCUCUCCACAACUCGCUCCCCAACUCAGUGAGUCCGGCGAUCAAAUAUGAGGGACGAUCUGUACAUAAGUGUGCCCAGCCUUUUCCGGUGCCCCAUCUCGCUGGACGUGAUGAAAUCCCCUGUGAGCCUCUGCACCGGGGUUACGUACGACCGGAGCAGCAUCCAACGGUGGUUGGACAGCGGCAACAACACCUGUCCGGCCACCAUGCAGGUUCUUCACAGUAAGGAUCUGGUCCCUAACCACACCCUCCAACGCCUCAUCCAGAUCUGGUCCGAAUCGGUCCAGACUCGCCGCUCCAACUCGCUCACCCGGGAACAAGCCCGUCACCUCAUACACCACCUCAAGAACAACUUUACUGACGAUCAUAUAUCCAAACUCGUCGUUUUCGCCAAGGAAUCCGAUGAAAACCGGAAAUUCCUGGUAACCAAGGAUUUCGAUUUGGUUGCAUUCCUCAUUUCCGUCCUGGUUCAUCACUCUCAAAAUAUCCGGAUAAUCGAGAAGACUAUCCCGCUUUGUAUAAUGCUGUUGGAGCAACUUAACGAUAAGGAGAAAUUAGAAGCGUUGCCCAAAAUCGGCGCCGGAAACGACAUUUCCCCGGCGCUGAUUCUAGCGCUGAGACAAGGGAAUUCAAAGCUACUGCGAAUAUCCGCUUCCAAACUAUUAGACCUUAUUCUCGCCGUGGAUUCCGAAGCUAAAAAUUUCUUCUCCGAGAUCGCGGAUUUGUAUUCGGCGUUAUCGAGAUUGUUAGUAGUGGAUUCAGAGUGGGACGCUGAAUCCGCAGAAGCGGGGAUUUCUUGCUUGAUAUCGCUAGCAAUGCUCCGGAAAAAUCGGGCACGGCUGGCCCGAAACGGGGCAGUUGGGCUGCUGGGGAAGGCGUUAUCGGAAGCUACAGAAAUGGGGGCGACGCUGACGGAGAAAGUUCUGCGGCUGCUGGAAUUGCUGUCGACGUGCAAAGACGGGAGAUCUGAGAUCUGCCAGGACGAGGUUUGCUUACAGUCAAUCGUGAAGAAGGUGCUGAAGGUAUCGACGGAAGCGACGGAGCACGGCGUCACGAUUCUAUGGAGCUUGUGCUGCCUGUUCAGAGACCACAGGGCGCAAGACGCGGUGGCCAAGAGCAACGGGAUGCCCAAGAUUCUACUCAUAAUGCAAAGCAAUUGUUCACCGGCCGUCCGCCAAAUGGCCGGAGAUUUGCUCAAGGUGUUUAGGGUCAACUCCAAGGCGGCUACGUGUCUCUCCAGCUAUGAUACCAAGACUAUUCACAUCAUGCCAUUUUGAUUAUUAUUCAUUAUUUUCUGUAUUUAAGAAAAAAAAAACAAAAAUUGAUAUUGGAAACUCUGAAGAUGGAUAGCCAUGGAUGGAGGUUUCAUAAUUGUUCAAAGUCGAUCUUGUAAAUCAAAAGCAGUUUUGUUACCAACAAUAGAGCACUACCAGACAAGAAAGGAAAGAAAUUCAAUUCAUUUCAUUUCAUUUUAACCA